AUGGUCGUGCUGGGUCAUGGCCCAGCCCUGACGUUUGUAGACCCUAACACGGCGAAACGGAUAUAUUUGUAUUCUGAAUGCAUUUGGCUUCUAAGAACUCGCCGCCCCGCAGACUUGUGCUUUAGUUGGGGUAUUGUUGUGUUUGUAUUAACGAGGAGAAGGUGGGAAACUUGCUCGGUAAUGAGUGCUGGUUUUUGUCACCUGCGUGCCAGGGUACUGGAUAGAUCAGCAGCAGCCAGAUCAGUCAAAGUAGAUCAGCCAAAGCCAUCAGGUACAUCCACACCAACUCCAACGCCAUCCGACAUGCCGAGUGCGGCGGUCUUGCUCAAUGUCACAGUGCUUGUUGAACGCCAAAUUUUAGCAAUUAUGACAGAAUAG